ACAGCUUGAUCCAGUACCAUACUCUUCAUCAGACUACCCAUUAAAAACCAUACCGCACGAAAUGAAUGAAGCAACCCUCUCUCACGUACCUCACUCAUACAACAACCCAAUCCCAGCCAUGGAUGAAACCACACUUCGCAAGCUCUCCCGCGUACAGCUGCAAAAGCUAGCCAAGGAGCACAAAGUGAAAGCGAAUAUGAAGAGCGUGGUGAUCAUCAGAGAGUUAGUGAAACUCUACGAGGUUGUUCCGCUAAUUCAAGACGAAGACAGCGAAGAACCUCCAAGAAAGAAGUCUAGAAUAAGGGGAGAGAGUCCCUCAGCUGCUGGGCCUUUAACAGCAACCAUAGACUUACCGAUGAGUACAAUCGUUGAACGUCACAUCAUCCAGGAAGAUGCCACUCCACCCGGUCUGAUUCUCGCAGCCGGAAAAGCUGCUGGCAGCCCUGCUAAAAAUAUAGCAGAAAAGUCGCCGAGCCUUUCACCGAUACUGGAAAGUCACGCUGGGAACCCGGCUGCGGAAUAUGACUCCAGUGAUUCGGAUUCCAGCCUGUCCUACGCAAGUCCGGGGCAGGAGGAAUACCACAAAUCCCCCGUCAGCUCGCGUGCGGGAACGCCCCCGCCUGAAGAACCACAAAUGCUGGACAGGGCUGUGAAAAUCAUGAAUCAGAUCACAGCUGACGACCAACGCGUUCUCGUCCAGAUCGCUGCUCUCCGCCAGCGAGCAGCAACGCUUAAGCAGGAGGCGAAAAAUGUGAGGGACGUCGUACGCGCAGAGAAGGGGCAACGUGUAAUAUUAGAGGCAUUAUUCGCGCAGAUUUCGCCCGAGUGGCCAAAAGAUUGGCUAUACGAAGAAGGCGAGGAGGAUCAGCUACGGACAGAGCAGGUGUUGAAGGCUAUGAAACCAACGCUACCGUCAACAGGCCCACUCACUUUGUCUUUCGACGGAAAACUUGACGCACCGGACUCACAUAUGGCGUUGAAACGUCGUCAGCUGCAGCCGCGUAAGUAAGCUCGUGAGCAGGAGAAUGGGGCAGCUGCCCUUGCUACAGAAGUCGAGCAGACAAGUGAACGUGCCAAUCACCUGCCUUCGCCGCAGAAUGGAAGAGCGGCAAAACGAAAAAAUUGCGCCUAAAGUAUCUGCGAUUACUAUAAAAAAUACUUUUGUAUCCCGUCUUCAGUCGUUGAAUUGGUGUGCGGUUAAGCGGCACUGGUAGUCAGGCUAAUUUCCUUGUGGUGGAAGUUUUAACAUAUCAUCAUGAUAGUGAC